AUGUCAUUAUCAGCGAAAAGAAUAUUACAUCAAGGUGAAGUAGAAUUAUUAUUCGUCAAAUCAAAAGUUUAUUUACAUCCAACACCAUCGAAAAAGGAUAAUGUACCUGGAUUCCUUACACUUUCAAGAACUUCCAAUUCUACAAAUUUAGAUAUUAUAUUAUCAUAUUCUCCAGAAAAUACGUUAAGUAAAGAAGAAAUAGAUACAUAUAAUAAGAUUGAUGUUGAACAAGUUGAUUUAAAUUUAGCAUCUUUAAAAUAUAAUAAACAAGGUAAAGCACCAUUAAAUAGAAUUGUUCCUAAACCUAGUGCAUCCAUAUUAAGUUCAUAUUCUUUUACAACUACAUUAUCAUAUAUUUAUAGUAUACAAUUUAGAAAUCCGAGUCAUGGAUAUUGGUAUGGAAGUAUAAUAAUAAAUACUCAAGAUGGUGAAAAAUUACCAAUAAUGUUUUUUCAUGAUGAUGAAAGUUCUUCAACUAUUAAAAAUCAAAAAUUACAAAAUCAACAAUUUAAUCCUUUUGGUAUGGAUGAUAAUGGUGAAUUAUAUUGGGGAGCAAUUGAUUUUUUAAAAGUUUUAAAAUCUUUAAUAAAUGUUCAAAAAUCUUCAUUGGAACCAACUGUAUAUCUUAUAAAUCCAGAAUCAGAUGAUUUAAGAAAUUUUGCACCUUUCAAAAAAAAACCUGAACAACCAAAACCAAAUAAUGAUGUAUUUAAAUUACCUGAUGUUAAUAAAAUUUUUACAACUGCUAAAUGGAAAGUUUUAGAAACAGUUGCUACAUUUUCAGCAAGAACUAAGAAUCAAGUAUUAGAUUUAAUUGAAGAUAAUGCACCAGCUCCAAUCAAGGAAAUAAUAUAUCAACCAGAAGUAACUAAAAUUGGUGAUGAAUUUGAUUCAGCAAGAAUAUAUUUAGCUAAAUGGGCUCAACAAGUUAAAGAAGAAGCAGAAUUAAGUUCUCAAAAAUAUAUGUUAGAUGAUGAUAUUUAUAAUAAAUUAAAUAAAGAAUUAGGUUCAGAAGAAAUUUUAACUCAAGAAGAAAUAAAUCGUACUUCAAGAAGAGAAGAAAUAAGUAUACAAGAAUGGCAAGGAUUUUUUGAUCAUUCUGGAAGAUUAUGUAUAACAGUUGAAGAAGUUAAAAGUAGAAUAUUUCAUGGUGGAUUAGCACCAGAAGUUAGAAAAGAAGCAUGGUUAUUUUUAUUAAAUGUAUAUCCAUGGGAUUCAUCAACAGAAGAAAGAGAAAUUUUAAAUAAAUCUUAUGCAACAAGAUAUGAAGAAUUAAAAUUAAAAUGGGUAAAUGAUGAAGAUAAAAGAAAUACUGAAUUUUGGAAAGAUCAAAAAUUUAGAAUUGAAAAAGAUGUACAAAGAACAGAUAGAGGAAUUGAAAUUUUUAAAAACCCCGUUGGUGGAGAAUUAUUAGAAGAAGAUGAUCAAUUUGAUGUUUCAAACAUAAGAAAUGAACAUUUAUUUAAAAUGAGAGAAAUUUUAUUAACGUUUAAUGAAUAUAAUACUAAUUUAGGUUAUGUUCAAGGUAUGACUGAUCUUUUAUCACCAUUAUAUGUUGUUUUUCAAGAUGAAGUUUUAACUUUUUGGGCAUUUUCUAAUUUUAUGAUAAGAAUGGAAAGAAAUUUUUUAAGAGAUCAAAGUGGUAUGAAAAAACAAAUGAAUACAUUAAAUAAAUUAUUACAAUUUACAUUACCUAAUUUAUAUAAACAUUUAGAAUCAUGUCAAUCAAAUGAUUUAUUUUUCUUUUUUAGAAUGUUAUUAGUAUGGUUUAAAAGAGAAUUAAAUUGGGAACAAGUAAAUAGAUUAUGGGAAAUUUUAUGGACUGAUUAUUAUUCAUCACAAUUUCAUUUAUUUUUUGCUUUAGGAAUAUUAAGUGAUAAUGAAAGAAUAGUAGUACAAAAUUUAAAACAAUUUGAUGAAGUUUUAAAAUAUUUUAAUGAUUUACUGGGUCAUUUACAAUUAAAUCCUUUAUUAAUAAGAUCAGAAAUUUUAUUCUUAAAAUUUAAAAGAAUGUUAAAUAUUAUUGAUAGAGAUAAUAGUUUACAAAAAAUUGGAGCUGAUCCUUAUGAAACGACCAAUGUGUCUGAUGAAAUUGGUGAAGAUUUGAGGGAACUAUUGAAAAGAGACUUGGUUAUACAGAAAGAAGUUGAAAGACCAGAGGGAGUCGGUGGUGGUUGA